CAAAAAGUGAAAUGGAGGAAAGUCAUGAUUUCAUUUCCGGAGUUUAAAAUUUAGUCAUUUCACUACAAACAGCGACGGCGUUGAAAAAAUCCACAAGAUCUGCAGUUCUGAAGAAGUUAGAACAAUGAAAAGUGAUACCAAAUACUGAAUGUUUGUAAAAAUGAUGACUAGAACCAAGAAGUGAAAGUUUUAAAAAAGACAGUAUCAGUUUUGCUACGUUCAAUUGUUGAGAGAAUUAUUGUGACGAAAAAUGAGGGAAUACAAAGUUGUUGUUCUUGGGAGUGGUGGUGUGGGAAAAUCAGCUUUGACUGUUAAAUUUGUAUCAGGGACCUUCAUGGAAAAAUAUGACCCGACAAUUGAGGACUUCUAUAGGAAAGAGAUAGAAGUAGACAAUGCUCCAUCAGUUCUUGAGAUUCUGGACACAGCAGGAACUGAACAGUUUGCAUCCAUGCGCGACCUAUACAUUAAAAAUGGGCAGGGAUUUCUUAUAGUAUACAGUAUUACUAGUUUACAGACAUUUCAAGAUAUUAAGACAAUGAAGGAACAGAUUAUGCGAGUUAAAGGAGUAGAUAAAAUACCAAUGAUUCUCGUAGGAAAUAAAAGUGACCUUGAACAUCAAAGAGAAGUUCCGAUACCCGAGGGAGGGGCUCUUGCAUCGACUUGGGGGUGCCCUUUCAUGGAGACGUCAGCAAAAAGUACAAACAAUGUGAAUGAAGUUUUUAUAGAAAUUGUACGUGAAAUGAACACAAGUCCUGUGAAAAAGAAGAAAGGAUACUGUACACUGUUAUAACGGCCGCUUCCCAGUACCAUCUUACCUUUACAAUAACUAGGUUGCUCCCAAUGGACCAUUGUUCACAGAAUAGAGAAAACCAGACAAAAGAAUAGAGUACCCUCCAUCACCGCCUGUGUGACCAGAGUGAUAAAACUUAGCUUAACCAGUCACCCAAUUGGGUGAACCAGUCAUAACAGUCUCAGUCACUUAAUUUAAAAAAGGCAUUUUUGUUUAAACCACUAGUCACUAAAUUUGACAAAGUCCCCAAAUUGAAUUAAACCACAUUCCUUAAAUUGAAAGAACAGAAUUAGUCCCCAAAUUUGAACAACAGAACUAGUCACCAAAUUAAAAAAACAGAACCAGUCACCAAAUUAAAAAAAAAAAAUAACCAGUCACCAAAUUAAAAAACUGAACCAGCCUCCAAAAAUUGAACAACCGAACCAGUUGACAAAUUCGUAAAAACUGAACAAGUCAUCUAAUUGGAAAAAACAGUAUCAGUCACCGAAGUGUGGACAACAGAACCAGUCCCCAAAUUGGAAAAACAGAACCAGUUACCGUGUGGAAAACAGUAACAGAGUGGGAAAGUAGGCAUUUGUUUUGAUUAUAUAGUCAUCAGCGCAGUGCAAACCAGCCAACCCUUUCCAGCCUAGUAUUCCAAAGGGAUAUUAUUAUUGUAUAUUAUUUUAGUCGUAUUUGUAUCAAGUUUUGUAUGUCAAGAAUUGUGUAUCAGUUGUUUGUUCUGCACCCCUUAAAAUUAUCAGUAUUUUGAUGUUUAUUUUGCUGUUAUCCGACCAACAAAAAACUUUUUUAGGACUGAAACUUUUAAAUUCAAAUGUGGUCAGACAAUUAAACCUCUUCAUGAAAAUUGAACACCCAUAAAAUAAACACAAGAUUUGAUUUUGUCUCUAGUUCAGAUUAUAUGUUCUUCCUCAUAGUCAAUUUAUAAAUGGAAUUGUAAAUGGAUGCCCAGACAAUUGAAUUCACAAAUGGAAUUGCAAAAAAUAGUAGACAAUAUCUAUGGUAUCUGGUCUGGUAUACAGUUACUGAAAUAUUGCAGAUUUUUAAGGAGUUGCGUAACUAUGUAUAUUCUGGUACAUUUUUUUCUUGUGGGGCAUAUUUGGUUUUUGAAAAUUAGGAAAUCUUGCAUUUAUUGUAUGUUCAUAAAAUGGAUAUAUUUAAUCAAAGUCUUGUAUAUGAAGCUUUUUGAAGCCAUGCCCUUUUGAAAGAUGCAUGUACGCUCUUCAUGUAAUUUUUAAUGUAAAGUGUAAGAUAACUUUAAAGAGGGUUUGUUUAUGAAAUUUAGCAUUUAAGUUAUAUUUUAUACACCUUUUGUCAGAAUCAAAUUAAUGACAGUUUCUUCAACAGUAUAAUUCCACAGACUAUGCUAAAAAUGUAUACAUUCAGGUACAUCUUAUCAAUGCCGAUAUGACAACAUUUUGUAUUAAAGAUCAGGAAUUUCAGUUAAAUACUACGUCAGCAUUACAAAUUAAAUUGAAUAAUUUGUUAGCGAAAUCAACUAAACUAAGUUUGAAAUAACACAAAACAUUUCUUUGGAAAUAAAUAUUCUUAUUGCACAAAAACAUCGAUUCUAAACAGGGAUGGUGUAAUAAAAUCGUUAAUAUGGCUCUAAAUAAGUAAUAAUUUCUUUUUUUCUGCUCUGUAGAUCUGAUUCAUUUAUUAUCUGCUUUAACUGACAGUUUUUUCCUCCUUUUGUUAAUGCUGCAAGCACAAAUGGUCGCAUAUUGGUAAAUGUUCAGACAAUAAGGAAUGAAUGUAUAAUAAUUAUGAAUGUAUAAUGAUUAUUUAAGAUAGGGUUUUCUUUCUUUGUGUGAUAUAAGGAGCCUUGCAUGUUUCUUGUUUAUGCUUUGAUGUGGAAAUUUUAUUGACUGUUUUGUUUAUCAGUGAUCUUUUAAAUUGGUCUACAAAACCACAAUUCCAUUUCAAAAUUAUGUCUAAAUCCAUUUUUCUGGUAUUUGAGCAUAACAUUAGAGAGUUACACUCUAUCUUAUGGCAACAAAAUCUGUAGUGUGCUCUUUCCUUUAGCUCUUUAGUGCUUUCAAAAAGAAAAAGAUUGAGUUUGUGUCCUGGUGCUGGAUUAUGCCCAGGGGCCAUGAUUACGAACAAUCUCGUCUCUGAUUUCGGUCUCAAGUGGCUACUGCAAAUCUUAAUUUCAUAAAGCUCUAUCUAUUUGAGUAUUGAUGAGGAAAUUUAAUGAUGUUAAUUACUAUUUUCGAAAUCGUACUAUUUUUCACAUUUAUUUUUGUAAACUGAAUGGAGUAAAGAUGAUUAAAUAAACAUGCUUUUCUGAGUCUGAGUCCCCAAGCCAAGGAAUAUACUUUUUUUGCUAAAUUUUGGUUAAAAUUCCCAAUCAUUAUCUGUAAAAAAAAAAAAAGAUGUUGAAAAAAUGAGUUACUCAUUGUGUCCUGUGUUUUGAUAAAUGUAUUUUACAUCAUUUUGCAUGAUUUCCUUUGUAAUUUGUUUCUGUCAAUUUGAAAAAUUCCUUUUUUUAGCAAAAAUAACAAAAAGAUCCCCCUCCUUAGGGCCUCAUACCCCUAAUUAAUGUAGAAAGACUGCCCUGUAAAUAUGGCUGAAAGAAAGGCCUUUUUCAGGAAUGAUUUGUAUCAAUGAUCUUAAACAUCAUGUUAUUGUAGACCAUGUCUGUAUUCAGACCCCGGGGAUAUCUUCAAUUCUAGUGGGUUUCAUUAUUAUAGACAAAUCCAAUCAACAGAGCCAUUACUCUGCCUUAUUAUAUUAUCAUCGCUCGACAUUAUUGACCAUUGACGAGAUUGAAAGCUAUAUAGGAUGCUGAAUCAACCGUGUGGGCUUAAAAUCUCCGAUAAAAUCAUUUUGAUUUCAGAAAAAAAUGUAGAAGCGGUUUAAUAUGUCAGAAGUGGUUUAAUAAUUAUACACAGUGGUUUAUGUGUACUAACGCACAAUAUUAAGUCACACGUUUUUGAGGCAUUUCAACUCCGAUACUGUAGAUUUUAUUCCCGUAAAGGAAGAAACACUUGAUUGUUUAACAGCUUGUGCUUGCAGUGAUUGAUUUUUCUGCAGUCUAUGUUGUUAAAUUGAAAUUGAGGCAUUAUUUUAAAAUUGAUUAUCAAAUAAUAGAAAAAAAUGAUUCAAAAAGAAAGAUGUUAUAUUUAUGACAUUAUUGCGUAUAAGAUGAAUAUCUUCUAGAUUGUAUUGAUACAGUUCAAGCAAGGUUGCUUCUGUAUGUCAUUGUGUGUAUACAUGCAUGUAUUGUUAUAUUAUAUGUAUUUAAAAAUGAGAUCUGAUGAUUGUUAUUAGGGUUUUAGCUAGGUCUUAAAAAGAACAGGGUGCUGCAGAUAAGGGCCAGCAGGUUGGGGAGAAAAACAUUGGAACGGGCUGUCAAUAUUUUGAACACGAUGAGUUUGACAGAAAAUAAUAGGAAUUGUUUUUAAUUGAAUUAAUAUUCAGUUUCAACUGCCAAUUAUGUACAUUUUUUUUUUAAAUAAAGAUUUGCUAGUCUUCUUGGAAGGCAGAAGGGUGCACAUGCUGGCCUUCUUGAAGGCAGAAGGGUGCACAUGCUGGUCUUCUUGGAAGGCAGAAUGAUGCACAUGCUUGUCUUCUUGAGGCAGAAGGGUGCACAUGCUGGCCUUCUUGAGGGCAGAAGGGUGCAAAUGCUGGCCAUCUUGAGGGCAGAAGGGUGCACAUGCUGGCCUUCUUGAAGGCAGAAGGUUGCACAUGCUGGCCUUCUUGAAGACAGAAGGGUGCACAUGCUGGCCUUCUUGAAGGCAAAAGGGUGCACAUGCUGGCCUUCGUGAAGGCAGAAGGGUGCACAUGCUGGCCUUCUUGAAGGCAGAAUGGUGUUACUUAAAAGAACAGGGUGCAGCACCCUUCCAUAACCCUCUAGCUAUAACCGUAAGUUAUGAUGUGUGUUGAAAAUUGUUUAUGACUGUACCAUAAAGAUGUAUACUAUUCUUAUAGUUGAAUGUGUUGAUUGAUUCAUGUCGUUUUGUGCAAUUCAUAUUCUUUUGUACAUGAUUGUCCAUGUUUCGAGGGCUGAAAACAAGAUGAAUGUAACCCUAUUUUUAUACGAAGUCAUGUAUGUGUUGUGAUGAGAUGUCGAUGUGUAUUUUAAACAUGCACACUUUGCAACUGUUGAGUUGUUAGAUUUCUUUGUACACAUGUUUUUUGUAAUGAAUUAUUUCAGCGACAAGGUUUGAAGCUACUUGGCUCCAAUCUUGUUUAUUGUCUUAUCAGGGUCCAUGAAUACAAGCAGAGUAACGUCUGAGUCUAGAAUCAAACUGGGAAAAGCACUUACUAGUAUAUUGUUUACCAAAAAAUAAUAUUUAUUUCAUUCCAUUUAUAAACACAUAUGUAAAUAAAGUGAUAAAUUUCCGCGUUCACCAUCAGUGCUCCGCUAGAAUGAAAGAUUAACAUCUAAAAAGAACAUUUCCAGUUUUGGCAUUAAAUUUGAACUAAGACUUUAGACUGUUUGUUAACAUGGCCCCUAUAUCCUAAAUUUGUAUAAAUAAAUGACUGUUUUUUUAGCUUGCUUAAUUCUAUUUUCUGUGAUAUGUAUGUUAAGGUCUAGUUUUUUUGCAUAAUUUGUUUUUACUCUUACGGCACGAGUGUUGUGCUUAUUGUAGAAUAACUUACAUGGAAACCGUUUUGUGGAGGUGUAAAUGACAUUGUUACUAACUAAAACAUUGAUUCAUGUAUUAACGUAACAAAAUCAGUAGUGAGCAAACAAGCUUCUUUCAAAAAAUAAUUUUGAAACACCUUAUGCCUUCUUCUUUAGUAUGUCUGUUUUUUUUUCGAAGUUGAGGUAUUGUCAUAGCGUUGUAUUGGUGUUGUUGUUGUCAGCAUGGUAUUGGUGCCGUUUUUGUUGGCUGAAUCAGCAACAUCAUCAGCAUGCAAAAUGUAACCAGUACUUAAAAACUGUUAUAAGAGGUUCAAGUCAAUCAUAGUCAGCAUGUUUGCCAGACACGAAACACUUUGUAUAGCAAGGUCUAUUACUCUUACUUAAAUAAUUGUGGAGUUACGCCCCUUGUCUGACUAAAGUGGUGGCAGUUGCUCCGUAGUGCUCUUGUUAAAAGACAGUAAAUUACAUCUCUUUUGUUUCCAGCUUGAAUUGAAUUAAAAUGUCAAACUGUAUAAUUUGUACGGAAGUAUUUAUUACUAUGAGCGAAAAGAGGAGCAUGUCAGAGUUUUAGUUAAAGAAAGGGACAUUACUCAGCAAAAAAUAAAGCCAGAGUCAUCAGUCUUGCUUUAUCCGUAUUAGAUGUCUCUAGCAACUUGUGUGAAAAGAUAACUUAAGAUAUCUUGAAUAUUUUUUGAGGUAUGGCCAAAGUUACAGUUUUUGCACAACACCUGCUGGCAUCACAAUUAUUUUUUUCUUCUUUGGAAAAACAGAUCAGUUCAAAAAUGAACACAAUAUGUUUACAUUUAUAUAUACAAAAAAAACUUAACUUGCUGUUGUUGGAAAGUUUUCAUGAAAAGACCUUACCCUUACAAAUACACUAUACAUUGACAUGGAAAAGUUGCAUGUAUUUUGUACGACAUUUUAUUUUGCUUUUUAAGGCAAGAAUUAGUUGCUAUUUUUGUGAAAACCAAGUACUGGCAAUACAGUUAAUUACUAAGGCAAAAAGAAUGCAUAUGUACUUGUAUGUGGUGAUGUUAAAUGAUUAUGUGAUGAUAGAGGCUUGCAUCAAGUAAAAUGCUAUGCAAGAGUGAUUUGCCAUUAAGUACAGAUGGGUUUUAAGUGUUGUUUACUUACUUUUAAUAGGUUCUGAAUCCUGCAUACUGUGAAAUCAUUAAUUUCGUGCAAGUUUUGGUGUCACAUUUAGGAAAUUGAGGUCAUUGGAGAGUUACUGUAAAACCAUAAUGUUAAAUAAUGAAUAUGAUGGAGGUAUAAGCUGUUUUGUAAAAAUUGAGUUAUUGUCAUAGCCUUGGGGUGGUCAUCAGCGUCACCAAUGUGUUUAAACUUUUAAACCUUGCCUUAAACUUUUUCACUCUUGUGCAGAGUGGUCAGAAAUUUGCCCAGGGAGAGCAAUAUUUGAUAAGCAUUUUUAGAGCUGAAUUUUCUACCAUCAUUCUGUACCCUGUGGGUAAGAGUGUCUAAACUGUUUUAGAUAUUGAAAUGAAACUUAGUUCACCUGUUGCUCAUGUCAAAACUGAAAUGUACUAAAAUUUAGAUCAAAGUAUCCCCUCUUAAGACCAAUUCCCAAAUGUGACAUGACUUGCUUCCCUUUCUACUUGAAACUCCAUGGUUUCACAGUAUAGUGCUGUAAGAAAGCUUGUUAUUGUAAUGUCUUCCUGGCUUGUUUGUUCCCUAUGUUAAAUUCAUAGCCAACACCAUUUAAUGUUAUUUACUUACCAUUUAUUGUAAUAAUUUUGUACAAAUUAUAUAUUGAAUAUAUUAAAACAUAAACAUUUGAA